GGUGAGCGCGCGCGCGCGCCAAGAUGUUGUUGGGCAGCCGCUGCUUCCCAGGAGUCCCAAUCUCUCUGGGAACUUUCUUCAAACACCUUCCGCGCUCAAAACCAAGUCCCAUCUUUCCACCCAAAACCCUAACCACAAUCCAGUGCUCCUCCCACUUCGACGCCUUGGAUUCCCGCCAGAAACACCAAAUCCAUCUCUACGUCGACACGCUUCUCGACUGGAACCAGAGAAUGAACCUGACCGCGGUUAGAGAAGCCGGCGAGGUAAUGGAGAGGCACAUUGAAGACUCACUGGCCAUCAUACCGCCCAUAACUGACUCUUAUCUCUCUCAUUGUGGUGGUUCCUGUCGAAAUCUCAGCCUCGUGGAUGUCGGAAGCGGCGCAGGCCUGCCCGGCUUGGUUCUGGCCAUUGCUUGCCCUGAAUGGAAAGUGACCCUGAUGGAGUCGAUGAACAAACGAUGUGUUUUCUUGGAGAAUGCUGUUAGUCAUGUUGGUUUGUCGAAUGUGGAGAUUGUAAGAGGAAGAGCAGAGAACUUGGGUCAGGAUGUUUGCUUCAGGGAGAAAUUUGAUGUAGCGGUGGCCAGAGCGGUUGCGGAAAUGAGGAUUUUAGCGGAAUACUGUCUUCCUCUGGUUCGCGUUGGUGGCUUGUUUGUAGCUGCAAAGGGACAUGAUCCUCAGAUGGAAGUUAGGAAUGCAGAAAAAGCAAUUCAAAUUUUGGGUGCAUCAAUAUCGCAACUGUGCCCAGUGGAAUCUCACAGCCCAUAUGGACAAAGAACGGCCAUUGUAUGCCUGAAAACCAGUUCCACUCCAAAGAAGUAUCCUCGUGAUCCAGGUACCCCGGUGAAAGUACCACUAUGAGUAGUUCAUAUGCCUAAUUCGUAUGUAUUAUUUUGUUGGCCUGCCAUACCUCCUCGACCCCUUUUCAGUUUUCCAUGUAACAACUUCACUUUGGAAAUAAAAAUGAAUAAAAUUACUUCUGGUCCACUAUUGUCCACUGUGAUUGA